AACAUAUGUAUGUGAGAAUGCUGGAAAGUAUAAACCUAACAAGACAAAACUGAUAGAGCAACAACAUAACAAAAGAUCAAAAAAAACUGACUGUAAAUGGCACGUUAACUUGAGUAAUCCAGAAACCAGCAAUUUUGUGCAUAUAAUGCUUGUAUAUCUUGAGCAUAACCAUAAUAUUAGUGCUGAUAAUCUGAGAUUUGCCACGGCAUUUCGAAAAUUUGAUGAGUUUAUAAUGAAUGAAAUUGAACAUGCGGUUGUAUAUGGCCAUUGUGAUGUUUAUAUUAUAAGAAAUUUAUUACAGUCUUUGUUUCCUGGCCAACUUUUUCUUAUGCAAGAUUUAUCAAACGCAAUCCAAAAAAUCAAGCGUAAAAAAAAUGUUGUUGGAUCUGAUGCAUCGUAUUUACUAAAAUUUCUACUUGAACAACAAAAAGAAGAUCUUAUGAU